GAACAGAUCACAGUAGUGACGCUCUUCCUCUCGCGCCUGCCGCAGCCUAAUGAACCUCGCCUCUUGCUGCGAUCUCACAGCAAAACAAAAGGCCUUAAAAUCCGCGACAUAUGUUCAAAAACGAUAGAUCACCACAACCAGAAUGACGGAGACCACUAAAACGCAUGUCAUUUUGCUGUCAUGUGGAAGUUUCAACCCCAUCACGAGGGGACACAUUCAUAUGUUCGAAAAAGCCAGAGAGUACCUACACAAGACAGGACGAUUCAUUGUGAUUGGGGGUAUCAUCUCACCAGUACAUGAUUCCUAUGGCAAACCGGGCCUUGUCUCAAGCAGACAUCGUCUCACCAUGUGUCAGCUGGCAGUUCAGUCUUCUGAUUGGAUCAGAGUGGAUCCUUGGGAAUGCUACCAGGACACCUGGCAGACCACUUGCAGUGUUUUGGAGCAUCACCGAGACCUAAUGAAGAGAGUCACAGGGUGCAUUCUGUCCAACGUUAACACACCUUCCACAACCCCUGUUAUUUGCCAGCCCCAAAAUGAAACUUCUACAAUUUACCAAAAUAAAGCUAACAAGUCUGUGGCUAUCAAGCUUUGGGGAAAGAUGAGCGAAAGCCUGGGAAAAAUUUGCUGUGUUCGCCCACACAUGGAGCGUUUUACCUUUGUUGACGAAAAUGCCAACCUUGGUACUGCAAUGCGCUACGAGGAAAUUGAGUUGCGUAUCCUGCUCCUUUGUGGCAGCGAUCUCCUGGAAUCUUUCUGCAUCCCUGGCUUGUGGAACGAAAGUGAUAUGAAAGUGAUUGUGGGGGAUUUCGGGAUAGUGGUGGUUCCUCGGGAUGGAGUUGACACAGAAAGGAUAAUGAACCAUUCAUCUGUGCUUCGAAAACAUAAGGACAGUAUAAUCGUGGUAAAGGAUGAAAUCGACCACCCGAUGUCAAUCGUCAGUUCCACUAAGAGCAGACUGGCUCUUCAGCACGGCGACGGUCACGUGGUGGAUUACCUGAGCCAGCCCGUCAUCGACUACAUCCUGCAGAGUCAGCUCUACAUCAAUGCUUCUGGAUAGGGAGGAGAAGUCCACUUCCGAGCCGUCAGUCAUCCCUGUCUGUCUCUCCUUGUGUAAUCUAGAGUAUAAUCCUCCUGUGCUACCACUGCUUUUCCAUGUAGAGGAGCAUUAAUCUGUCCUCCCCUCUUACUCGUGUCUCACUGGGAUGUACAGCACUGUGCCUGAGGGAUCUGCUCCACCAAUCAGCUUUAAGGGACUGGGUGGGCUUUGGUGCCCAAUAGGAGGAAGAGGAGAGAGCCUCGCUGCCACUAUGACAGAGAAAGAGAGUGUUUUUGAUUGAAUUAGAUAAUUCAUUGCCUGCUAUAAUGUCGGUCUUUGCUGUUGAUUUAAUGCACUCUGUUCUUGUAGUUGCAUGCCUAAGGGUUUUCUUUCAGCGCACGAGUGUUUAAAAUACCACGUAGACCGUAGUCUGUGGUUACAGUGUUUGCAAAAAACCGUGCUUAGACUCAUCUCAUCUCUAAAUACAUUUUCUACUCAUCAAUCAACUGUAUGUACAGAGACCAUCUCAUAUACUGUAUUAUGCCUCAAUGUUUUGUCUUCAAUGUGCAUUCAUGUAUACGUGGAGUAUUUGGUUGCACAUUAAAGAAUGCGAUUUCAUUGA